AUGGCACGGCGCUGGUGGACACUUCCUCUGCUCCUCGUGAGCGCGCUUGCACCUUCAUUCUCAUUAGCUGGUCUUGCAUUUGAAAAUACGGCUAUCGUCCGCACCAUCGAACUAGGUGGUUCGCUAGUACACGUCAGUACAACUUACGCUGUCAAGGCUCUCGAACCAAGACAAACUACAUAUCAAAUCGCGCUCAGCAAGGCUGAGCGAGCAAAAACAAGUUGGCUCGAGGCUAAAGUGAAGGGCCAGACUACACCUCUUGAGCUUAGCGAGGAUGAAUCCAGUACAGAACAUUUGUUAUCUGUUUCCCUUCCAAAAGCCUUGGCUGUAAACGGCACUCUCAACCUUGUGUUGGAGACUGUGCAGACGCAUGCUACACACCCAUUUCCUGAACAGGCCGCUCAGAAGGAGCCUCAGCUACUCAAGUAUGAAACCGACCUUUUCACCAUCAGUCCUUACGUUACCCUCGUACAGCGCACAAAGAUAAAGUCCAUGGCGCCGAACGUCAUUUCCUAUACUACCCCACAUGACGUGGACAGUUUUGUGAGAGAUGGUUCUGUCACCAGAUCUGGGGGAACUAUUACCUAUGGUCCUUAUAACGACAUUCAAACGGAUACAUAUUUCGUGGCAAAACAUCAACAAUCUAUCUCAGUUCAUUACAGCUUUGACUAUCCUGUUCUUGAGGUCGAGACGCUCCGCCGUACAGCAGAGAUUAGCCACUGGGGUUCCAACUUGAACAUCGAGGACAAGAUUCACCUCCAUAACGCUGGGCCCACUCUCAAGGGCCACUUCUCUCGCUUGGAGUACCAGGGCCAAAUUUAUCACCGCAGGCAAGCCCCGCAUAUUCUCUCCGACUUCACUUUGCACCUUCCGCCCGGUGUGACCAAUGCGUACUUCUAUGACCAGAACGGGAAUGUCUCCACAUCCCAUCUGCGCACGGUACCAUCGGUCGCGAAGGGCAGCAAGGCAACGCAGUACAGUGUGCUUGAAUUACGGCCACGCUACCCAGUUCUCGGGGGUUGGAACUACUCUUACACUAUUGGCUUCGACACGCCUCUGCAAGAUUCAGUCGGCUAUGAUGUGAAGAAUGGCAUAUACGUGGUUGGCGUACCUGUCAUGACGAAUAUUCCUGGAACUGUUGUGGACAAUGCUGAAGUCAAGAUUAUACUGCCGGAGGGUGCAACUAAUAUCGAAUUCAUCUCACCUUUCCCCGAACUUUCUAACGGUAUGUCAACACACAUCAGCUACCUCGAUACUGCGGGACGCCCCGCCGUCACCUUCACAUACAAGGACUUGACUUAUAAGCACACAGGCAUUAUCUAUGUCUCGUAUCAGGUUCCCGUCUCGGCUCACUUAAAGAAAGUCAUGUCCGUCGGUGCUGCUUUGUUCAGUCUCUUUGCUUUUGCUUUCAUGGCUAGGCGCGUGGAUUUGAACCUACACAAGAAGUGA